GGCCGCCGGCAGCGCGCGCACCGCCCCCGCCGCCGCCGCCGCCGCCACCACCAUGGGGAACGGCAUGAACAAAGUGCUGCCCGGGCUGUACGUGGGGAACUACCGGGACUCCAAGGACGCGGCGCAGCUCGAGCGCUUCCAGAUCACCCACAUCGUCGCCAUCCACGACGCCGCACGCAAGCUGCACUCGGACAAGCACUACCUGUGCGUGAUGGCGUCGGACACGCCGGACCAGAACCUGACGCAGUACUUCUCGCUGUGCAACGACUUCAUCCACGCGGCCAGGCUGCGCGGCGGCAACGUCCUCAUCCACUGCCUGGCGGGCAUGUCGCGGUCUGUGACGGUGGCCGUGGCGUACAUCAUGAGCGUGACGUCACUCUCCUGGAAGGAGGCGCUCAAGGUGGUGCGCGUCGGGCGCGCCGUCGCCAACCCCAAUUUCGGCUUCCAGCACCAGCUGCAGGAGUUCGAGUCCUACCGGCUGGGCGAGGAGCGCCGCCGGCUGAAGGAGCGCUUUCCCAGCCUGGCGCUGGUGGCGCAGGACGAGCAGCAGUGCCGGGCCAUGCUGCGCUCCUACCAGUCUCUGGUGCUCUCCAGGGACAUCUGCGAGGGCGACUGCCCGCGCGGAACCGUCUGUCCCACCGGCCUCUGCAACACGCCAACCAAGAGGUAA